AUGGAAGAGUCUUUAAAAACAUAUCGAUUAUUGGAAGCGCUCAGAUCAGGAGACACGGAUGCACUCAGCACAAUCAUGUUGGCUUAUCAACCGCCCGCACCUUCCUCACCCGCUUCUUCCACCUAUCAAUCGAACUCACAAUAUGCAAUCCCCCCUUCGCCCCUCUUACUGGCUACUCAAUGUGCUUCCUAUCAGACCAUAGAAUUCAUAACCAAUAAUUUCCUCGACAAAAUCGAUAUCAAUCAACAAGAUCAACGGGGAAACACGGCAUUGCAUUAUGCAUCUCAGAUGGGGAGGAUUGAUGUAUGCGAAUUAUUGUUAAGACAAAAGAACAUCAAUGAUACGGUGGUGAAUAACGAGGGAGAGCAAGCAAUAGAGAUUGCUAAGAAUCAAGAGACGGCAGAUUUUUUGGAGGAAAAUCGUGCGAAAUAUGUUGAAGAAAAUUCCAAUCUCUUUCGAAAAUAUAUAUCUGACUCUAACUAUGUCGGCAUCCAAAUGUUAUUUCAAGAUCCUCGUGCCUUGGUUUUAAUUGAUAUAAAUACACAAAGCCCAUCCGGAUUUACGUUGUUGCAUGAUGCAGCAAAGAGGAAGAAUCUGGAUAUGGUGCAGUUUUGUUUGAAUCGUGGAGCGGAUGUGUCUAUACGCGAUCGAAAACGAAAAGUGGCAGCAGAUGUUACCAAGGACGAGAGGAUUAAGAAUAUGCUUAAGCAUGGUAGGUUAGAAAUGAGAAAUCUAAAAUGGGAAGUGGUUCGGGAGAUACUAAUGGUGACAUGCGGGCGAUGUUUAUUAGAGGACCUUUUUUAG